UUUAAAUGUAUAUGCUAUAAAUUAUUUUUAUUUUUAGAUUUUGAAAUAUUUAAAGUAUAUAUGAACUUUAAUUUUUGAAAAAAUAAAUAAAUAAGUUAUCUGAACCCAAACCCGAACUAGAUCCGCAAAGAUCAGAAGCGAACCAAACCCGCAAGGAUCCGAUUCGAACCGAACCAAAUGGUACUUGAAUGCCUACCUCUAAUCAAAUGUAAAAAAAAAAUAUUGAUAACAAAAUGUAUAUUGUUUAUAAUAUUUUAGUACAAUAUAUUUUUAAAAAUUCACUGCAUGCUGGGCGCAUAUUAUCAUCUAGUUAGGGUAGUAUUCAAUUCGUACCCAUCCUUAAUUCCUUAAUCAUUAGUGGGAGCCGAAAAUGCCAAAAAAAAUCAAUCAUAGAAAUACAGGCAAGAGAAUAAUAAAUCAAAGACCAUAUCGUUUUUCUCAUCUUGAUCUGUAGAUUUUUCUUUGUUUCCUUCUUUCCAUAAAAGUGGUUAGAGAGUUACAAAAUUUUCAUCCAAGUUAUGGUAGUAUCAAUUCGUAUCCAUCCUUUUAAUUCCUUAAUCAGUAGUGGGAGCCGAAAAUGCCAAAAAAAAAAAAAAUCAAUCAUAGAAAUACAGGCAAGAGAAUAAUAAAUCAAAGACCAUGUCGUUUUCUCAUAUUGAUCCGUAGAUUUUUCUUUGUUUCCUUCUUACCAUAAAAGUGGUCAGAGAGUUACCAAACUUUCAUCCAAUCAGUCAAUCGUUUCGAUCUUCUUACUUAAAAUACGAUUAUUCAGGAUAUAUACAAACAUUCAUUUGUUUGACUAUGAAUAUUUUCCCCAUUUUAUACUGUUUAUCUAUUAUUAAUAGAGACAGUGUCUCUCUCCCACACACACACACAACACUCUCGAGUAGUCUCACUUUUCCACCUCACUUUCCCGCGAAAAUGACGAGAUCACAUCUUUGCCUCCUCUGUCUCCUCCUCUCCCUAGUGAAUUUCGCGGCUUCUCAAGACGAUGCGACGAUCAUGCAAUCCCUCAAAUCUACUCUUCAUCUCACACCAGACGUGGACUGGUCGAACCCUGACCCUUGCAAAUGGACCAGCGUCCAAUGCGACGGAAGCAACCGCGUGACGAGGAUCCAGCUUAAACAGAAAGGGACCAGCGGCACUCUCCCUCCGGAUCUCCAGAAACUUUCCGAGCUCAUCGUCCUCGAGUUAUUCUCCAACAAAAUCUCCGGCCCGGUUCCUGAUCUCUCGGGACUAACGCAUCUACAGAGGCUGAAUCUACAUGACAAUCUCUUCGAUUCGACGCCGGCGAAUCUCUUCUCGGGGAUGAACUCGUUGCAAGAAGUGUACCUCGACAACAACCCUUUCGCUUCUUGGGAGAUUCCAGAGACUAUUAAAGAAGCCACGUCUCUCAAGAACCUCUCUCUCGUCAACUGCAACCUCGCGGGUUCGAUUCCUGAUUUCUUCAGCUCCCAGACGCUCCCAAGCCUCGUUUCUUUGAAGCUAUCUCGCAAUAAUCUGCAGGGAGGGUUGCCUUCCAGCUUCGGAGCUUCCUCGUUACAGCAGCUCUAUCUCAACGGACAGAAGCUAUUCGGGUCUAUCUCCGUGUUACAGAAGAUGACUUCUCUCGUCGAGGUUGAUCUGCAAGCUAACACCUUUUGGGGUCCCAUCCCUGAUCUCUCUGGUUUACAGUCUCUCAGGUUGUUCAAUGUAAGAGAGAAUCAGCUCACUGGUCUUGUCCCACCGUCCUUUACUGGUCUCAAAUCGCUUACUGUCGUGAAUCUGACUAAUAACUGCUUUCAAGGACCGACUCCGUUAUUCGACAACUCAGUCGCUGUUGAUGUAAUAGCCAACACGAAUAGCUUCUGUCUGGAUACUGCUGGUGCUCCGUGUGAUCCUCGCGUCGAGGCCUUGCUUUCUGUAGCUGAGUCGUUUGGAUACCGGGUGAAGCUAGCCAAGAGUUGGAAAGGGAAUGAUCCGUGUGGCCGUAGCUGGCUUGGGAUUACUUGUUCUGGAAGUAAUGAUGUUACGGUGGUUGAUCUUGGGAGGCAGGAGCUCACGGGUACGGUAUCUCCGAGUUUUGCUAAGCUUACUUCCUUGGAAACCAUCAAUCUUUCUAAUAACCAACUCACCGGGAGUAUACCGACAGAGCUUACCACUUUGCCUAGGCUUAGGACACUCGAUGUGUCGAACAACGAUAUCCACGGUGAUGUGCCCAAGUUCAGCGCAAGUGUGACUGUGUUGACUACUGGUAACGUUAACAUCGGACCUGUCUCACCGACUGGUUGGAAAUCCUUCAGAAAUAGAAUAUAGAUCAUUUUUUGAAAAGCACAUUUAAAAACUAAAUUAAAUUAAUAAAGGAAAUUGAAAAUUUGACCUA